CGGAUGGGAGGGAGUGAGGGAGGGAGGGAGGUUUGACUUCCUGUGAAAGUUGAUGAGGGGCUUGUUAUGGUGGCAUGGAAGAUAAUCCUCGCUGUUGAAAGUAAUCCUUAAUGUUCCUAAACUGCCGUGGGAAUCUUCGCACUGUUAAUUAAGCAGUUUGGCUCAGAGGCAUGAGCUGCCUGUCGGUACCAUUCGAUGGCCUCUUGAAAGCUGGGUUCUAUUUCGGCCACACGGCAAAUCGAGUGCCUAAGUCGGGCCAACACGCUGUUGAGCUGCCGUCCGUCUCUACACGAUCUACAACCUGGAGCUCUUUGUGGUUCCAUGGCAGGUCCAACGCUUCCACUUGUCUCCGCGGAUCUGCUGCAGCUGCAGCUGCAGGCUCUGGCUCGUGCUCUUCUCUGCAUCAAAGAGUUACACAUCCUCCAGAUUCCGUGGUUCAGCUCAGGGGCUGCUUGACUUUGAUUCUUCCAGUGGGAAGAAUCAAAGUCAAUUGGAAGCUUAAUUGGAGUGUUUACAGCUCAAUUAAGUGAUCGUGAGCCGCUGAUAGACUUUCCUCAUCCGGAAGAAGUUUCGUGCAAUUGCCAUCACCAGGACUCUCAUUUGCAAAGUGCUUUUUUAUUUGGCCUCCCGAGGAUUGCAUAGUCUGUUACUGUGACACUGUCUCUCUCGCUGUCACUGAAUUCACUAUUUGCCCACUGUCAGUUUCUGUACGUUUACUCAGGCCGACCUCUGGUCAGGACAGAUGAUAAACAUCGCAGCUUUU